AUGCGAGAGAUCAUCAAUCUUCAAGUAGGCGCAUGCGGGAAUCAGAUUGGAGGAAAGUUCUGGGAGGUGAUAUCCGAUGAGCACGGCAUCGAUCCCAGCGGCUGCUACCACGGUGACUCCGACCUUCAGCUAGAACGUAUCAAUGUUUACUAUAAUGAGGCAUCGGGUGGUAAAUACGUGCCAAGGACGGUGCUUGUCGAUCUCAAGCCUGCCACCAUGGACGCGGUACGCUCUGGCCCCUUCGGCUGCCUGUACCGACCCGACAAUUUUGUGUACGGACAGAACGGGGCCGCUAACAACUGGGCUAGAGGUUUCUACACUGAAGGUGUAGAGAUUUUGGAAUCUGCUUUGGAUGUCAUCAGACGAGAAGCUGAGGGUUGUGAUUGUUUACAAGGCUUCCAAAUGUCACAUUCGCUUGGAGGCGGCACGGGAUCCGGCCUCGGCACACUCCUGGUCAACAAAAUCCGUGAAGAAUAUCCCGAUCGGAUAAUCCUAUCAUUUUCUGUAUUCCCCAGCGCACGAGUAUCGGACUGUGUUGUAGAGCCGUAUAACACUACAUUGGCGGUGAACCAGCUGGUGGAAAACACCGACCAUACGUUUUGCUUGGACAACGAGGCCCUAUACGAUAUUUGCUUUAGGACUUUGAAACUGACCACGCCCACAUACGGCGACUUAAAUCAUUUGAUCUGCGCGACGAUGUCUGGUAUCACGACAUGCUUGCGUUUCCCCGGGCAAUUGAACGCGGAUCUACGUAAACUGGCAGUGAAUAUGGUGCCAUUCCCACGCCUCCAUUUCUACACGCCCGGAUUCGCGCCGCUUACCUCGAGAGGCGCCCAACAGUAUAGAGCUCUGACUGUCCCCGAGUUGACGUUGCAGAUGUUCGACGCUAAGAACAUGAUGGUCGCUUGUGACCCUCGACACGGCCGGUACUUGACUGUGGCCACGAUAUUCCGAGGGCGAAUGUCGAUGAAGGAAGUUGACGAACAGUUGUUAAAUAUACAGAAUAAAAACAGCACGUACUUUGUCGAAUGGAUCCCGAACAAUGUAAAGAUUGCAGUAUGCGAUAUACCUCCUCGAGGAUUGAAAAUGGCGUCUACAUUCAUAGGAAAUACCACAGCCAUACAGAGCAUAUUCAAGAGGGUCGGGGAACAAUUUGUAGCUAUGUUUAGGCGGAAAGCGUUCCUUCAUUGGUACACUGGCGAAGGCAUGGACGAGAUGGAGUUCACAGAAGCGGAAAGUAAUAUGAACGAUUUGAUAUCAGAGUACCAGCAAUACCAGGAUGCUACGGCAGACGAUGAAGGCGAGUUUGAUGAGGAAGCGGAGUGCGAAGGAUUGGAGGAAGAAUAG